AUGGCGGACUCUGCGAGGGCAGACUCGCGUGGGCGCCCGCCCGAGCUCCCUGAAGACCUGUCCUCACAGGAAGAGGAGGAAGGGGACUCCGACGCCGGGGCCAGCAGCUUGGGCUCCUACUCCUCAGCCAGCAGUGACACUGAUCUAGAGCCUGAGUGGCUGGACAGUGUGCAGAAGAAUGGAGAACUGUUCUACCUGGAGCUGAGUGAGGAGGAGGAGGAGAGCCUCCUUCCAGAGUCCCAGACUGUGAACCAUGUGAACCAUGUCAGGUUCAGUGAGAAGGAGAUCAUCAUUGAAGAGGACGAUUCCAGAGAACGAAAGAAGUGUGAGCCCAAGCUCCGGCGCUUCACCAAGAUCUUGAAAAGCAAAAGCCUUUUACCUAAGCGUCACCACAAGAAGAACAGCAGCAACAAUGGGCCUGUGUCCAUUCUGAAACAUCAGUCCACCCAGAAGACCGGAGUCACUGUGCAGCAGCGGUACAAGGAUGUGACCGUCUAUAUCAACCCCAAAAAGCUAACGGCCAUCAAAGCCAGGGAACAGGUCAGACUCCUGGAAGUGCUGGUGGGAAUCAUCCAUCAGACCAAGUGGAGCUGGAGACGGAGUGGGAAGCAGGCAGACGGAGAGAGGCUCGUGGUGCAUGGCCUGUCGCCAGGAGGCUCUGCUAUGAAGAGCGGUCAGGUACUGGUUGGCGAUGUCCUUGUUGCUGUGAAUGAUGUAGACGUGACUUCUGAAAACAUAGAAAGAGUUCUGUCCUGCAUCCCUGGGCCAAUGCAGGUGAAGCUGACAUUUGAAAAUGCAUAUGCUGUGAAAAAGGAAACAGCCCAACCAAAAAAGAAAAAGGCCCAGUCGAACACAAAUGAUUUGGUGAAACUCCUCUGCGGGUCAGAAGCGGAUGUGGUCCAGCCCAGUACCCUGAGCAUCCCACAUAUCAUCAUGUACCUCACGCUGCAGCUCCAGUCAGAGGCAGCCAGGGAGGAGCAGGAAAUUCUUUACCAUUAUCCAGUGUCUGAAGCAUCUCAGAAACUCAAGAGUGUGAGGGGGAUUUUUCUCACACUCUGUGACAUGCUGGAAAGUGUAACUGGGACACAAGUCACUAGCUCAUCCCUCCAUUUAAAUGGGAAACAAAUUCAUGUUGCUUACUUGAAAGAGUCUGACAAGUUGCUGUUAAUUGGCCUGCCUGCUGAAGAAGUUCCUCUUCCCCAGCUAAGGAACAUGAUAGAAGACGCUGCCCAAACCUUAAAGUUCAUGUAUGGCUCUUUAGACAGUGCCUUCUGCCAGGUUGAGAAUGCGCCCCGUCUGGAUCAUUUCUUCAGCUUGUUCUUUGAACGAGCUCUUCGGCCCGGUAAACUACAUCUCAGCAGCAGCCCCAGCGCCCAGCAGUACGAUGCAGCCAGUGCUGUGCUUUUGGACAACCUCCCUGGAGUCCGUUGGCUCAUACUUCCACAGGAGCUCAAGGUGGAACUGGACACCACACUGAGUGACCUUGAGGCCGCUGACUUCGAAGAACUGUCUGAGGAUUACUAUGACAUGAGACGGCUGUAUACAAUUUUGGGGUCUUCUCUGUUUUACAAGGGUUAUAUGGUGUGCAGCCAUCUGCCUAAGGAUGAUGUUGUUGAGAUCGCUGCAUACUGUCGCCAGUACUGUGUGCUGCCUUUAGCAGCAAAGCAAAGGAUUGGCCAGCUGAUAAUAUGGAGAGAGGUGUUUCCAAGACACCACCUCCAGCCCCCUUCAGACUCAGACCCCGAGGCCUUCCAGGAACCUGAAGGGAGAUAUUUCUUACUAAUUGUCGGAUUGCGACAUUACAUGUUGUGUGUGCUGUUAGAAGCUGGAGGCUGUGCAUCUAAAGCUACUGGGAACCCUGGUCCAGAUUGCAUCUAUGUAGAUCAGGUCAGAGCAACCCUUCAUCAGCUGGAAGGAGUGGAGUCCCGCAUAGAGGAGCAGCUAGCCACAUCCCCAGGGCCCUGCUUGUCCUGUGCUGACUGGUUCCUUGCUGCACCACGUGAAAAGGCAGAUAGUUUGACCACUUCGCCUAUCCUCAGUAGGCUACAGGGGCCUUCCAAAACUGCAACCUCUCCAACAUGCAGAAGAACCUUUUUCAGUGACUAUUCCUUCAAGGCACGAAAGCCCAGUCCCUCCAGGAUCAGUGGUGGACGUGAGCCUGGUGAAGGGGAAGAAGGUGUUGGUCUGAGCCCACACACUACCCCAGAUGCAGUACGGAAGCAAAGAGAAUCCGAAGGCUCAGAUGACAAUGUGGCCUUGCUUAAGCUUGCUAGGAAGAAGUCAACACUUCCAAAUCCGUUUCAUUUGGGAACUUUGAAAAAAGAACUUUCAGAAAAGGAAUUGGAACUCUAUAACAUGAUGAAAUUGACCUCUGGUCCUGAGAAUACACUCUUCCACUAUGUUGCCUUAGAAACGGUGCAAGGCAUCUUCAUCACCCCCACCCACGAAGAGGUGGCUCAGCUAGGUGGUUCCGUCCACUCUCAACUAAUAAAGAAUUUCCAUCAAUGUUGUCUCUCUAUCCGUGCAGUUUUCCAGCAGACACUGAAGGAGGAGAAAAAGAAAGUGCUAAGUGGUGGAGAUCAUUCAGAGUCUGCAAACUCAGUGUCUUCUCUGAGCCCUGUGAAAGAACACGGUGUGCUGUUUGAAUGCUCACCUGAAAACUGGACUGAUCAGAAAAAGACGCCACCAGUCAUGUCAUACUGGGUGGUAGGGAGGCUCUUCCUUGACCCAAAACCUCAGGAACUAUAUGUCUGUUUUCACGACUCAGUCUCAGAAAUUGCCAUUGAAAUGGCAUUUAAAUUGUUCUUUGGGUUAACGUUGUAGCUGUGUUUGAAAGACACAAAGUGACACGCAGAUGGACCACAGGACAGCAUCAGAAUGGCCGAAAUCAUCAUACAGAGAUAAAGCUCAGUGCAGUCACUGUUCAGUACUGUCCUUGUUAAAUACUGAGAUGCAGUGCUAUUGGGUUGGUGCAUCAGUUCCUGUGUGGUAUUAUAUAAGACAUCUGAGCUGAUGCUCGAUCAAAAUAUAGAGACAAGAUUGCUAAUUUAUUGCCAUUUUGGUAUACCAUGUUAAUUUAUUGAAUAGUUUUAAAUAAUGUGAAUUCUUUAAUAAAAAUUAAUAUAGGAAAUGUUUAAUUGGGGGGUCAUAUUUGAAUUACUGUUUGUUUUCAUAAAGCCCAAUACUGACUGACUGACACCUGGUAAAGGAAGCAUGACUUGAAGGGAUGACAAGCUUCUGUAGUCAGUGCUGUGUUGUGAGCGAGCCUUUGCAUCAGUUAGACCUCAGAGUACAUGGGAAGUAAUCACAUUAUUACUGCAUUAGGAUUCUGAAAUGCCCAAUUAUGAAAAAUGUGCUGUUUGCUUAUUGGUCAGUAUCUAAAUUUACAAUACCUGUGUUCUGGUUUCUUAGGAAAUCAAAAGCCUCUGCAUUGGUUUAAGUAUUUUAGUAGAUACCCCACUACAGAGGCAGAGGGGAAGGAUGACAGUUAAAGUUAAUUUAUAUUUAUUUGAUUCUCUUUAUUCUUUUUGGUAAACUUUAUUUGGGUUAGGAUACGUAUUGGCAAUCAUCUGUAAACUUCCAUAGCUUUCUUUCUGGUUCACAUACAUUUAUAUCAACUCUAUCAGAUCAUUUUAAAAACACUGAAGGGGGGCUGGAGGUCAGGAACAAGUACCUCAUUGGAAGAGACCUCAGUUCAGCUCCCAGCACCCACAUUAGGCAGCUCAAAACCACCUGUAACUUCAGGGAAUCCUUUGGCUUUUGCAGGUACCCACACAUACAGUUAGAAAAUACAAUCCUUUUUUAAAACACUGGGGGGAAACCAGGCUAAAGCUACCUACCAUAUGUAACUUUUUGCAUAAAAUACUAAUUUUUGUUGGUAUCAGUCUGUAUUGGGUUUUCCCAAAGGAGUGGGUUUGCUUUCCUUGACUGUAACUGAUGUGGGCUUCAGCAGUACAGAUUUUCUUUGGCUGUGAGAAUUUGAUGUGUUGAAAAGUAUAGUAAAUGCUAAAUUUAUUAUUGCCAUCUACCCAGAUGGACAUCCAGAGGCUCAAUAUCCUCCCACAGUUUACAGUCCUAGGUAAUUUCUCCUUCAGGGAUUGUAUAUGUUGGAAGGCAAGCUAUCUAAAGCCUGUCUAAAGUUCAUCCCUACAUUUUCCCUCCCUCAAACAUGAGCCUUCCAGCUUAAAACUAGAAAACAUAUGAGUCAUCCCUGAUCCAUUUGGUCUUAUAAAAAAUACUGUUACCUCAGUCAUCAGUGAAAGAUUCUCAUCAAGGCAUGGGUGACAGAUACCAGCUGUUUAUAUCACCAGUGACUUCUGGGCCUUAAUAUCAGCUUUCAAGUCGGAUAAGAAAAUUAGGCACCUUAAAAUGUAGAAAACACUUUGAAAUAUUUCUCCACUUAACUGAAUCAAAUUAGUUAAGACUCUCUUCUGUCGUAGACUGCCUGUGUGUGGAUAUAUGUGUUCCAGCAUUUCUAAAACUGUAUUUAUUAAAUGUCUUGAAUUUCUGGAUAUACCCUCAAGUCCUGAGCUGCUUCUAGUGCUGAUCAUUAUGAUGAAUGGAACUGUUAAUCACCUCAGAUGUUCAAACAGAACAAACUAAGACUUGGGAUUUUAAUAGAGGAAACUUUUAUUCCAUUUAAAUUUUGAUCUGUUGGUGCUUUCUUUGGGUCAGAUAGCCAUGAGCACACUAUUCAAAAUGUGAUGUAAAAGACAAACACAGCACAGAUGUGAAAGAUGGGCCAUUGGCAGUAUAAUCCAUGUGCACCAUAACUCCAUGUUGAAGAGACAUUGCAUUUUUAAGGAAUGAGUAUUGUCUUCUUUUCAUUUCCAAGUGAAUAUUGAAGACAAACUUAGCUGAUCAUGUCUGUAAAUAACAUGUCUGACUCACAUCUGAAAGUCAAUCAGUUUGAUUGUUCAGCUGAGUUCCUGUCUGCCUGGUUUUCAGGGAGGGAACAAAGUAUCAAGUACAGAUCCCAUAAUGAUGGCCUUCAGAGAACCCUCCGUGAGUCAGGUUGUGUUCACAUCCUGGUACUAAGGAACAUUACUGUAUGAAAGUAAAAUGCAUUGUCUGCCUAACAUGCUUAGAACUGUUAUGUCUGGCUUGGUGGCACAUGCCUGGAGUUCAGUAUUCAGGAAGCUGAGGCAGAGGGCAGGCCGGGCUACAUAACAAGACCCUGUCUGUAACUAACAAUAAAUUACAAACACUUUACUACUAUCUCGUGCUUCUUAGUCCCAAAGAAACUCUAGACUCUUGCUUUUUCUUUUCCUCUUCUCUCUCUCCUCUCUUUCCGUAGCUUUCUUUGUUUCUGUCUUGUCAGAGAACUGUACCUAGGAGGGUACACUUUUUGUGCCAAGGACUAUAGAUGAUGAUAAAUACCUAACAAAAUGGUUAUGGUAAAAUAAUCUCUUUUAAAUAUUUUUGACACAAGUUGAAAAGACCGAGAACCCAGUCUACUAAGUUUUGUCUGCCUUAACCAACUAUGAAGCGUAAGCUGUGGGUACCAUUUAUCAUCAAUAAGUGGCCACUGUCUGAGAACCAGAAGGGUACAGUUAAGUCAUACCCAUUACUGCACAACAUGACAGCAGUAACCUUCGAAAAUUACUAAGCGCUAUAGUUUUGAGAAUAAGGAUUUAUAUUUUGGAAUUUUUCUUGAAAUGGUAAGUUCUGUUAAAACUUGAACCUACACACCAAACCGUAUGAACUAAUUUAAUUAUGGAGAGUUUUAUUUCUGUAUGUAAUUAAAGCUAUUUUUCUACAUUAUCCAGAGUUUUAAAUAAAAAUGUUCGUUUGCAA